AUGGCGGAGCGUUUUCACAGGACCCUUAAGGCUGCACUGAUGUCCCGUUGUAGCAGCCCGGCCUGGUUUCUGCAGCUUCCCUGGGUUCUCGGAUUACGUACAGCUCCAAAGGAAGGACUCGACGCCUCACCUGCAGAGAUAGUUUAUGGAGACCCCCUCGUGGUUCCUGGUGAGUUUUUCCCGUAUUCUCCCUCAGGUGACGACUUGGCCCGGCUGCGGCGCAUUGUCGGGAGGUAUGCCCCAUGCAGACAGACGUACAGGCCGCCCCAACAUCGGUACGUUCCCCGCGAUCUCCAUACGUCGAAAUACGUCUUUCUACGCACCGACGCCGUCAAACCACCACUUACCCCUCCUUACUCCGGCUCCGACGAAGUGAUCGAGAGGAGGGAGAAAGCGUUUCUGCUGCGCAUCAAGGGGGUUGAUGAUUGGGUCUCAAUAGAUCGCAUCAAGCCGGCGUACCUCUAA